AUGGAUGCGAAGGCUGUCACUGUACCAAUGGGACAUAUGGAUGCGCAUCAUGACUUGGUUGCGAUUGACCUUGAUGCGAAGGAGGCUUGGUGGAUGCGAAGCCUUGGGAUUUUUUCUUUUCCAAUCAUGGGUAGAAGGGCGACCUGUUCUCGUGCCAGCAUUACCGCUCCUAAUGAGAAUGAGUUCGUCGAUCGGGGCAUCUUGACCUAUGAUGAGGUCUGUUCCUUUGAUGAUGAAGACACAUCGUUCCUUAGAACUGGCAGAGCUUUUCCGUUUGAGGUAGUUUUUAGAUCCUUUGAAGCUUCCAUUUAG